UCAGCGGGUAGGAAGGGGAGUAACUCUCAUGUGAUAUCUGUCAAAAAUAUUAACUGAUCAGUUGUGUUUUUAAAUAACUUUUUAAAGAAGACAAUAAUGUCGAUUGUGAAAAGAAUUAUUUCUAUUGCAACACUUAUAAUUGCUGCAAUUUUUGCGGUGGUUGUCAUUCGUACAUUUACUUUACAAACCAGACAACUUGAUAUCAAAGAGUGCAAAAAAUCUGAUUUAGAUUUUAUUGAAAUUAGCCAUGAUUCAAAACCCAUUGAAAGAUUCCAGAAAGCUCUUAGGUUUCAAACUAUUUCAAGACAAGCGUUUGAUUACAACCGUGACGAAUUGAAAAGUCUUGUUGACUAUAUUUUGUCAGCCUUCCCAGACUUACACAAGUCUAAUCUCGUUCAACAUGAAGUAGUGGCAAAUUAUAGCUUAUUGUAUACAAUCAAGGGCAGUAACUCUUCUCUUACCCCUUACCUGCUAAUGGCGCAUCUUGAUGUGGUGCCAGCAGACCCUUCUAAAUGGGAAGCUGAUCCGUUUGGAGCUGAGAUUAUUAACAACUUUAUUUACGCUAGAGGGACUAUAGAUUUUAAACAUGGUGUCAUGGGUAUCUUAGAAGCUUUAAACUUUUAUGCAGCACAGGGGAGACAACCAGAAAGAGGAUUCUAUGUUGCCUUUGGUCAUGAUGAAGAGGUUGGUGGUCAAGAUGGAGCAAAAUCUAUCAGUGACCUACUUUGGGAACGUGGCGUGAGAAAGCUUGAAUUUAUCGUUGAUGAGGGACUUACACUCCUGAACGGUAUCAUACCUGGAAUGAAGGAUCAAGUCGGCCUUAUAGGAACAUCAGAGAAAGGUCAGGCAUAUGUGGAGCUGAAGGUUGAAGGGACGCCAGGUCACUCGUCCAUGCCACCACCUGAAUCAACUAUUGGAAUUUUAGCAGCGGCAGUACAUAGAUUGGAAAGAAACCCGCCACCAAGCAUGCUUGGAUAUGGUCCUGAGACACAAACUUUUGAACAACUCGCACCCUAUAUGUCAUUGCCUUUUAGAAUGGUGAUGAGUAACCUGUGGCUGUUUAAACCUGUGGUAUCAUGGGUGAUGUCCCAGAAGCCAAGUAUAAAUGCUGUAAUAAGAACAGUUUCAGCUGUGACCAUGUUUAAUGCUGGUAUAAAGAUAAAUGUUAAUGCACCUGAAGCUAUAGCUUAUGUCAAUCAUAGAAUCCAUCCAGCACAAACAGUUCAAGAGAUUAUAGAUUAUGAUAGGAGUAUAAUAAAUGAUGACAGAGUAAAGAUACGUGUAAUAGGCUCGAUGGAGCCACACCCUAUAGCUGCCAGUGGGGACACAGAUUUUGGUUACCAGACAGUUAAAAAUAGCAUUAGACAAGUGUGGAAUAAUACAUAUGUUGCCCCAGGUACUAUGAUAGGGAACACAGAUACGAAACAUUACCUACGUAUGUCCCACAAUGUUUACAGAUUUAGUCCGACAGUCAUGUUUCCUGAUGACCCUCAACGUUUCCAUGGCGACAAUGAAAGAAUUUCUGUGAAAAAUUAUGAACAAGCUGUAAACUUUUACUAUCAUCUUAUGGUGAAUUCAAACAAGGCCAGCAUAGAACCUAUACAUAACCACGGUGAAUUGUAACCAUAAUUGUUCAGAGUUAUUUGUUUUAUCAAAAAAGUGCUAAAAAUUAAGUAUCAUUAUUUUGCCAAAAAGUUAGAAGGCACUAUUGAGUUAAGUCGUAGUUUUACAAAAAAACCCAUAUAUUUAGUAAUUGACUUUCAUUUGUACCCUCGUUGUCCUUUUUGUUUCAAGGACGUAACUCCCAAAGGUCAAGGACAAUGUAGCUUUAAAAUAAUUGAAGAUUACUAUACAUUAUUCAUGCCCUGCUACCUUAAAUAGGUCACCAUGAGGGUACAAAUUUUAUAUUCAAACUUUUACUAAAAUUACAACUUAAGGAAUAAGUUUAUGUUAGCAAUAAUUAUCACAGUCUUGUUUGUUUAACUAUACAGACAUGGAAAAACAAUAUUUGUCAUUUGCCAUAUCCCUGAUUACCACUAUUGAUAUAAGAUUUUAAUUAUCUAAAAUGCUUAAAUCUAUACAUGUUUGUUGUCGUUAUUAUCUAAAAUUGUGAAUGUUUCACAUAAGUCGGUGACUUUUCUUGAUUAUUGAUUUUCAUUGUGUUACAAUAUUUUUAGUUCCACUUUGGUCCAAGAUAAUUAGGAGCCAUUAAUAUGACCCACAUGUUGACAUCGACGUAGGUUUACCUUCUAGGUUAAGUUUUUCUUUUAAUGGUCAUGAACUUCAAUACUAACAAUGCUAUUGCAUUGAAACUAUAAACAUGUAUGUGAAUACACCUUGAUGUCUGUUACUUUCCACACCCAUUUGCAGGUCAAAAGGUCAAGGUCACUGAGAACUAAUAACAAAAUGUUAAACUGACCAUUAAAUCAAUGUGCUAUGACCUAGGAAAUUCAAGCUCAGCAUGUGGAUGCCCUUUGAUGAGUUUUACCUGCCACACCAAUUUUCAGGUCAAAAGGUCACUGAAAACUGUAUUUACAAUAUAUAAAAAGCGGCCUUUAAAUCAAAGUGCAUUGACCUAGGAACAUCAAACUUUGUAUGUAGGUGUAUCUUAAUGCUUUCUACCUGCCACAUACAUUGACAGAUCAAAAAGUUAAUGUGAUCUGUCAUUGAAAUAAUCUUUAUAUGAAGAAACUGCUCAUUUUACUUUCCAUCACUGAGCAAAGUGGAGUGUGAUGCUCCUUGAACUGAUCUCGUUUUAUCAUAAUCUUAGAUUUACCAUAAAUUUUCAUAUAAACUUUGAUGUUCCAUUAUUUACCUUUCUUAUGAAAUUGUCCUUGUGUUCCUCUUUACCAAAGACUGGUUAGGUGUUCCUUUUUACAUGAAAUUGUCCUUGUGUUCUUCAAUGUCAGGAUUGAUUAGGUGUUCCUUUUACCAUAAAAUUGUCCUUGUGUUCCUCAUCAUCAAAGCUUGGUUAGGUGUUCAUUUUUACAUGACAUUGUCCUGUGUUCUUCAAUAUCAGGAUUGAUUACAAUGUAGAUUAGGUGUUCCUUUUUACCAUAAAAUUGUCCUUGUUUUACUCAUCAUCAAAGAUUGGUUAGGUGUUCCUUUUACCACGAACCUGUCCUUGUGUUCCUCCUACACAGUGUUUCUCAUUAUCAAAUAUGAUCCUUUUGCUGUGAAAUUGUUCACAUGGCCAUAUAAAAAAAAAAAUUUCUUUUGUGUUCCUAAUGGCCUCUCUAAUAUGGUUGAAGAAACUUUUAUAUUUUUCUUGUAUUGUUCUAUCAUAAUACCAUGAACACACACAUUUAUUUUUCCAGGAAAACAUUGAUAGAGAAAGUUUCGAAUUUCACAAUGUCAUUGAUAAUAAUUACAUGCUUAGCAAUUUUAUUACAUUCCAACAAAAAGACAUUGCAAUUUUGAAAAGUUUAUUCAGCCAUUUUGUAAACUAACAUCGUAUUAUAUGAUUGUCUCAGUGUAUUUUAUUGUAUCUUUUAUUAAUCUUGUGUUAAUAAGGUGAAAAUUCCAUCGUUUUCGGCUGCACAAUUUACUAUAUAGUACAGGCUAACCUGUCUAUAGUGGUCAGCAAUGGGGCUGAGCUACAACAGGUGACCACUAUAUCCAGGUAACUAUACCAUUGUUAACCUAGAUGGAUAUUAUAUACGCUGAUAAAAUAUGUGUGCUUUUAAUGUCAUUACCGGUAUAUACUUUUUUCAUGUCAAAUGUAGUACUUUGUAGAUGUAAAUGUAGAUUUCAUGUAUAACAUAUAUACAUGUAUAUGAUGAAAUUGUUAAUGUUUGAGAAAUUAGUCACGAAAGUGAAUGCAUACAAAAAUAAGUUUAUUUUUGUAUCAAACUGGUGAACUAUUUUCCAUGAACUGUCUUAUAUUCAAGAGAAUUUGCAACAACAACUAGUUUUUCCAUGAACAUACUUGCCAAGAGGCUGACUAAAACGAAAAGAAAAAAAAUGCAACAUCUUUUGAAUUAAUUUAUGCAAAACCACAUAAGAAAUUUGUAACAAAAAAACAACACACAAGAUUACUUUUAAUUUAUAAAUCAAUGCAAACUAACUUGACUGUUUGCUCUAACUGCUUGAAUUUCAAUUUUUAUUCAUUGUAGUAUUUGUAAUUAGAAUUUAUCAGCUAUUUGAGGCUUCCUAGCCAUAAUAUUUAAAUGUUUUACAUUUUUAUUGUUUUUAUACUUUUUCCUGUUGACCAUUUUAUUAUCAAUAUCAGUCUGUAUUACACUGGUGGUUGACCGCAUUGAACAGGUCUGCAUUUUAAGUUCAUAUAGGUACAUGUAGCGUAUUUUUUCCCUAAGACUUGAAGUUAACCUUGAUAGACAGGAUCAUGUUUUAUAGAGGUGACCACUUGUGCAGUUUUCUUGCAGUUCACAAGUUUGCAGCAGCUGUACUUUACACUUAUUUCCAUUUAAAUUAUGUCAUAUAAGUUGUGAUUUGAUUUGUACCCCAUGGUAAUCGUGUAAGCCCAUGGUAACAGUGUAAGAACAACACUUUUUGCUUUCGUUUUCAUAUUGUUGUGAUAAAAAAGGAACAUAUUUGCAAUAAGUUUGUGCCAAUUUUUAUGUAGUUGUUUUAAUUAUAUGAUAAAUUUGUUCUUGUGUUGUAAUUACAUUCACCAUAAAUUGUACAUAAUUAUGAAUAUAUAUAUUAUAUACAGUAGAACUUCUAUGAGUCGAACUUCGAUUAGUCGAUUUUCACGAUGUGUCGAAGUAAAAUGAAAGUCCCGAUUUUUUUCCUUAUAUAUUCCUUAUAAAAACCUACUUAUGAGUCGAGAUUUUAUGUGUCAAAUUUUUCGAUGUGUCGAAGUUUUUUUGUGGUCCGUAUAGAAUAAAUCUAGAACAAUUUACCACAAAUAAGCCGAAGUACUUCGAUCAUUUCGACACCUUCAAUCUCGAGACAUUUUUCACACCUUUUCUGGCUGCGAAGACGAUUUCCGAUCAACUUUAGUGACAGGUGUUAAUUACACAGCCGAGUGUUCAAACAGCCUCUAUAUGCGUUUAAAUGUGUGAAAAAAAUGCUUAAUUAAAUCGUUACUAUUUUAAUUGCAUUAGCGGUAUUUAACAGUAAGAACAAUCAUUUGAGUACUUCCGUGACCCGGUGUCGUGUUAUAAUCACUCGCGAAAUAAUUACUAUAAGCUGGUUAAGUUAUUGCCCUUUCGUAUUGUUACGCCUUUUGUAACUUUAUUGUAUACGUAAAUCAAUUUAGCCAUGAAAAAUUACUUAACGUGUCAUAUUUAUCAUUGUAUAAUGUAAAAUAUCAGAUUAAUGAAUGAAAGAAAAACAUGAAAUAGGUUGCGUUAUAGAUCUUAUAAAUAGGGCUAGUCACGGGUUGAAAUUUGGUCAUGAAAUUCAGACCGAUUCAUGAGUCGAAGUCCCGAUGUGUCGAAGUUUUUACACAAGUCCCUCCAACUUCGACUUACCGAAGUUCUACUGUAUAUAUCAUAAAAUAAAUUUCAAAAGUUGCACAGCAAUAUGGAGAGGAGCUCCUUUAAAAUUUGAAAGUGAAAUCAAUGUUGUACCUUAACAAGUACAAAUGGGUAGUAAUAAUUAAUGGAUAUAGCUGAUGAUUUUGUUUUAUCAUUAUGAUAAAGAUGAUUUUAAAGAAUGUAAUAAACAAUGUAACCUUGCCCAUUAUAAUCAUACAUGUAACCUACUUCUUGAUUCAUUUGUUACCAAUGUUACCAAUGUCAGAUAUGUAAAACUUCUGUAACUUUUAUGAAAAAACAAAGGAGGACUUUUACAGUUUUGUGGUCAACCCUCGAUUACAUUACACAAUAAAUGAUGCCCAUCAGUAGCAUUUUACAGAUAUUUACAUUCAUACUAAAGUCUGAAAUCCAUACCUAGUAUUUUUGAAAUCCACAAAUGCAUUUUUUUUGUUAUAUGAUAUGAAUGAUUGCAUAACAGAGAAAUUGUGCCAUUUUUUUGUUAAACUUGUUACAUAAUAAUAUGUUUGUUUUUGUAUCUUUAUAAAUGUCUAUUUAAAAAUGUUAAAUUAUAAAUACAGAAGUUGGCAGUAUGAUUUAUUCAUUUUGAUAUAUUAAAAUAUAUGUAAAUGAACAGAAUAAGUGAUUUAUUAAAGUGGGCAAUGUUGUUGUACUUGAUAACUAAUGGCAGCAUGCCAGGUGUCAAAUACAUAAAAAGAUCGAACUGUGUAAUACACGGGAUGGAUCCCCAUAUGUAUCUCAAAAAUGAGCAUUGGUUAAAAGUAUAUUUGAAUUUCCGCUGCUCCAGAUGUGAAGCAUAACACCAGAAGUGACUGUGAAAUAAGGUCAAUUUCAACUUUUUAAAGGAACUCCACUGAGGUUUAUAAGCCUAAAAACAUAAAAUUUUCAUUUUUCACUUAGAUAAACAGGAGCACUUAAAACAGAAAUAUAAAUAAAAUAUAACCAAGAAAUACAUUGAAAAUCAUUUGUUUGUGCUAUUCUCAGUCUGAUUUGAGUGAAAAGCGUUUAAACGCUUUUCAAUUUUGGGUCAUUUUUUCACUAUUAUAAUAAUUAUUCUGGAAAAAUGGAGCAAGCUAAUGAUCUGAAAUUUUGCACAUAAGUUAUUAGCAUAGAUUUACAUCAAAUGGAGUAAUAAUCUCAAAAAAUUAUUUCCAGUCCCGUCAUGUCAAAAAACCUCAGUGGAGUCCCUUUAAACAGUUAUAUAAAAUUCAGUCCUUUUUUUAAGAAAAUCGAAAUGUGAUUUUACCCUCCUCACUCUCCUCUAUAUUACCCAUUUUUGUUUUGGAUUUCUAUGCAGUCUUCAUUGAGAUACUCUUUCCGUCGUGGGUUCUGAUGUGUGUGUAUGAAGAAAAUGUCACUAAACAGACUCAAAAAAACCAGAUUUUUACGAAAUCUCACUACAGAACGAUGCUUAACAUUCUUUUUACCGGUGCUCAUUUUCAAGAUACAUAUGGGGUUCCAACCCCGUGUUAUAAGUUGAAAUCCACUUAUUAUUGAUAAACCCUUUAACCUCCGAGUAUGACCAUGACCUACUUAUAUGAAUCUGCUUCAAGAGAUUCAAAAUAUAUCAAAAAGUUUUUUCUGGCUUAUAUACUGCUUUAACCAAAAAAAAUAUAAAUAAAUAAAUUUGAUCUUAAAUAGACAAA